AAGGAAAAGCAUCUUUCGGAUAAUCGCAGCAACAGUCUAGAGAAACAACAACCUGGAGAAACUGUAAGCUUCGGGUUGUUUGAAGCAGCCAACGUGAUGUGCAACAUAGUGGAAAUUUCCAAAGACAGCACCAUGCACCGACGUUCCCAAGAAACUUAUGCUCAGCCAGCAAAUCCACAUCCGAAACCGGUCAAAUUGGGGAGUAAAACAAGUAUAACAUCUGCAUCUUCCCAAAGCGGUCCGUUUGCAAUGAUGAAAGAAAGCGAGAAGAAGAAGAAAAAGAGCGUAGAUGUAGAAGAUGACGAGUAACUGCGAGUGCUAAAAGAUUUUACGAGAACAGUGUCAACAAGAUUCUAUGCGAUAUUUUUUUCUGAAGCCACAGAUGUGAG